UCGUAACUACCCCAUCAUGAUUCCUCAUGGAGACUCAGAAUCUUUUUCUUUAUCCCACGCUCGUGACAAGGCGAAAAACAUCUUUCUCUUUUUCUUUACCGAGCUCAAAACUUAACGUCUCUCUUAUUGUAUAAAAAUUAAUAAAUUAUUAUUGUUUCCAAUGUAAAUUAUAAUGCUAAUUAGACACUGGUCUGUAUCUCGUACACCGUACGUCAGGGUCACCUUCAGCCUCACUCCAAAUUAAAGGCCUGGCAACUAAGCAUACAACUUUAUAUAAGUAUUAUGAGCGCAGUUGCGUGUUGACUUAUAAAACGUUAACAAAGAAACGUAACAAUGGCUCAACAGGAAAUUUUUGAAGUUAUGGCACCAGUUUCUGUAGAAAAAAUCUAUGGGAACGAGGGAGUAGGAGCGCACCAAGACGUAAAUGUGUGGAGGGCUCAAAUAGAUUCCAUCCCUCAAGGUGUUUAUAUGAUCGGGGAUGUUGCAUUCGGAGCACAUACGUCUUCCUUUCCUCUACACGCUGUGGUUCUGGUGAAGCCCUUGUUCGAGUACGACCAUCUUGGCGACAUUAUCAAAGCUCCGUGUUCCUACGAGGAAAUUUGGACCGGCAAGGGGUCCAGGGGUCGACAGGAUGGCUCCUUUUGGCGAGUGCAUGCUCCUCCAGGCUAUGUAGCCUUAGGUGAUGUGGCAUGCAAUAACUGGUCUCAGCCGACCCCUGAAUUUACCUCCAAGUAUGCCUGCAUCCGACAAGAUUUGCUUUCUGCCCAUGCUGAGCUGUCUUCUCCCGCUUUGUGGACCGAUAGGGGCUCCGGAGCAGAGCGAGAUGUUUCUCUAUGGACAGUGCGAGGCUUUUACCAGCCGACUGGAUGUUUUAAAGCCCAUAAAGGUUACCAGAAACCAAAUUUGGAAGUAUUCACUCUACCAGUCGCCAAGAUAUACAGGAAGGAGUGCUCCAAUAAUCUGAAUAACUAACUUUUAUAUCGAUGAAGGUAGUGCAACUUAAGAACUAACUGCAAUCGCUUUUUAAAAGAAUAACAAAACUUGUUCAUCGCCGGUUAAAGAACCUUGGAUAGCACUAGGUAGGACAAACAGGACACUCUUAAAUUUGCUUAGGAACACUUAACUUCGAUUACUUGGACUUUGGAAUUUGCGG